AGCAUCUUGUUCACGUGACGUUGACGGUAACAGGAAUUUUCAUGACAGGUUGAUUUGUUUGGUUAAAGCGUAGUGUAGUUAAGUUUUUUUCCGCAAAACCAUUCGGGCGAUUAUUUUCAAUGCGCGCCUCGAAGUGUGGUUAACUUAGGACACGAAAAUGUUGAAGUGGAUAUUAUGGAAAAAUUUCCGCUGAAUAGGAGAACAUCAGGACCGUCUACGCCCGAUACUCCCAAAUCGUAUCAAGCUGUUAACAAAAAGUACCUGGAGCGUGAGCAGCAACACACCAACGGCGUCGGCGGAGGCGUGGGAGCUAGAGUAACGUACGCGACCACCCCAGAUGAAGAUAUGAUCGACGUGCAAACGUCCGUGGACCAUCGUCACACCCGAUUGGACGAAGACGAUGGAUUGCCACACUAUUCGAUCGCCUAUGGAGGUUCGCAAGAAUCGGGUGCCGACAUACCGGGUAUCGGCCAAUAUGACGAUUUUCAUACCAUCGAUUGGCAACGGGAUAUCGCCCGGGAUAGGAUGCGUCAUAGGCACAUAGUAAAAAAGAAACAAGACUCGUUCUGGAACCUGAUCGAGGGCGCUCACGACGCCUGGUCCGGAUGGUUGUGCGUCCUUCUGGUCGGUCUGUGCACGGGCGCCGUUGCCGGCGUGAUCGACAUAGGCGCCAGCUGGAUGACCGACUUGAAAUUCGGCAUAUGUCCGCAAGCGUUCUGGUUAAACCGGGAGCAGUGCUGCUGGUCGAACGAGACGAGUUUCGAAACCGGUAACUGCUCGCAGUGGUUGACGUGGCCCGAGGUUCUGUUCCAAGCUAAAGAGGGCGCCGGCUCCUACGUAAUAUCCUACCUUUUCUACAUGACUUGGGCGCUACUGUUCGCCGCUCUUUCGGCGUCCUUGGUGCGUAUGUUUGCACCGUACGCCUGCGGAUCUGGUAUACCAGAGAUCAAAACGAUUUUAAGCGGGUUUAUCAUAAGGGGAUACCUCGGCAAGUGGACUUUGCUGAUUAAAUCCGUGGGCCUCAUUCUAUCCGUAUCGGCCGGUCUGAGUUUGGGAAAGGAGGGACCCAUGGUCCACAUAGCCUGCGCAAUAGGCAACAUUUUGUCAUACCUAUUCCCGAAAUAUGGUAGGAACGAGGCCAAAAAAAGGGAAAUCUUGUCGGCUUCGGCAGCUGCCGGAGUGUCAGUGGCGUUCGGCGCGCCGAUUGGUGGGGUUCUCUUCAGCUUAGAGGAGGUCAGCUACUACUUUCCCCUGAAGACAUUGUGGAGGUCUUUUUUCUGCGCACUGAUAGCCGCGUUCGUCCUUCGAUCUAUAAACCCCUUCGGUAACGAGCACUCGGUGCUCUUCUUCGUCGAGUACAACAAGCCUUGGAUAUUCUUCGAGCUGAUACCGUUUAUAGGGCUGGGUAUCAUAGGGGGCAUCAUAGCGACGAUAUUUAUCAAGGGUAACUUGUACUGGUGCCGGUACAGGAAGUUCUCGAAGCUGGGCCAGUACCCGGUGACGGAAGUGCUGGUCGUUACCGCCCUCACCGCUCUCAUAGCCUAUCCGAACCCUUACACGCGGAUGAACACCAGCGAGCUCAUCUAUUUGCUGUUCAGCCAGUGCGGCAUAGCGAACAACGAUCCCAUUUGUCACUACAAGCGGAACUUUACGAACGUAAAGUCGGCGAUAGAGCUCGCAGAGGCGGGACCGGAAGUGUACGACGCCAUCUGGCUCCUGGUGAUCGCGCUCGUACUCAAACUGAUCAUGACGGUGUUCACGUUCGGCAUGAAAAUUCCCUGCGGUUUGUUCAUACCGUCCUUGUGUUUGGGCGCCAUCAUAGGCCGCAUAGUCGGCAUCUUCAUGGAGCAGCUGGCGUUCAGGUACCCGCACAAUUGGUUCUUCAGCGGCGAGUGUUCCAGCGGGGACGACUGCAUUACCCCCGGAUUGUACGCGAUGGUGGGAGCGGCUGCGGUAUUAGGGGGCGUGACCAGAAUGACCGUGUCCUUGGUGGUCAUCAUGUUCGAACUAACCGGCGGCGUUCGGUACAUAGUGCCAUUGAUGGCCGCUGCGAUGGCCAGCAAAUGGGUGGGCGACGCUUUGGGUCGUCAGGGCAUCUACGACGCCCACAUCGCCCUCAACGGGUAUCCGUUUUUGGACUCGAAGGACGAGUUCCAGCAUACCAGCUUGGCCGCGGACGUCAUGCAGCCCAAGCGCAACGAAACGCUAUCGGUCAUAACGCAGGACUCGAUGACGGUGGACGACAUCGAGCAAUUGCUCAAGGACACCGAGCACAACGGCUAUCCCGUCGUGGUGUCCAGGGAGUCGCAGUAUUUGGUGGGAUUCGUGCUACGAAGAGAUCUGAAUCUGGCGAUAGCAAAUGCCAAGCGUAUGGUGGACGGAAUCUGCGGCCAGUCCCUGGUGCUGUUCACUAGCGGGAAUCCCCCGCAGACUUUAGGUCCCCCGCCGUUAAACCUGAAGAAGAUUUUGGACAUGGCCCCGAUCACCAUAACGGACCAAACGCCGAUGGAAACGGUCGUGGACAUGUUUAGGAAAUUAGGACUGAGGCAAACGCUAGUCACACACAACGGGAGAUUAUUAGGCGUAAUUACGAAAAAGGACGUCCUGAGGCACAUAAAGCAGAUGGACAACGAGGACCCCAGCUCGGUCCUGUUCAAUUAAGCUUUCGUUUUUAAGUGAUAAUUGUUGUUACCGCGACGGUAUCGAGUGUAAAAAAUGGAAAUUAUUUUGUAUACCGUGUGUGUACGUGUUCUCCACACCGUAUAUCCGAAUUUAUUAUUUAUUGCAUAGUUUUUAUACGGCGGCGCGGCGUUUUUACACCACAAACGAUGUCUUCCCCUACCCCGCCACCACCGCACCUGUCCCCCUCCAAUUUACGUCAACGCGUGCGCCGAGAUUCCGUUUAAUAAUCGUUAAAUACACUCUCCCCUAACCGUAACGAUUCGCCCUUAAAUGCUCAGAUGAUUAUCGUGUAGGUAUACCCAAUAAAGACUUUUACAUGUU